GAGAGAGAGAGAGAUAGAACAGAACGACGAGACGAGCUAGUAGUCUGCAUGAGUAGUCACUUCUGAAAAUGGCGGUGGACGUUGGUAAAAACAUCAGCAGCUUUCUAAGCUCCAAACAAUCCUCUUCCAGUUCUGAAUUGGCAGCAGAAUGGGCGGCUUUGGACGAACUUCAUACCAAGAAGCUGUAUCAUCAGCUUACUUUAAAGCUCAUGACAUUUGUCAAAAGUCCCUCCCUUCAAGAGGGAGAACAACUGAUAGAGCUUUACAGCAAAUUUAUUGCGUAUAUUGAAAACAAAAUUAAUCCCCUCUCUUUGGUAGAGAUUUUGGCAUUUGUUGUACAGCAAUAUACAGACUGGAAAGAAGCUGUGUCAUUCCUUGAAAAGAUGGAAGUCAAAGUAAAGGGCUGUGAAGAUGCUGUCAUGCUCUGCAAAGUGUUCGAAGGCCAGAUACUACUUGAGAAAUUAUCAGAUACUACCGCAACAAAGAAAAUUAUCGAUGAUGUGGAGAAGGAGCUUGAUAAGAAGGAUGGAGUGGGUCCAGUCCAUGGAAGAUUUUAUCUUUUGGCCAGCACCUACUAUCGUCAACAGGGAAAGCAUGCUGAGUACUAUCGUACAGCCUUGCGAUAUUUAGGCUGUGUCAACCUUGAUGACUUGUCAUUUAAAGAACAGAUGCAACAUGCUUUCUUCCUUGGACUUGCUGCUCUUCUGGGAGAGGGUGUUUAUAAUUUAGGGGAAUUGCUUGCCCAUCCUGUUCUUCAAACCAUGAAAAACACACCAAACAAGUGGUUAGUAGAUUUACUCCUUGCCUUCAACUCAGGAGACAUUGCUAAAUUUGAUGAAAUGAAACCAAAGUGGUCCAGUGUACCUGAUUUGGCAGCCCAGGAACUUAAGUUACGUCAGAAAAUCUCACUUCUUUGUCUCAUGGAGAUGACUUUUAAAAGACCAUCCACUGAUAGGCAGCUAACCUUUGAAGAAAUUGCUGCAGAAACAAGAUUACCCGUAAAUGAAGUAGAAUUGUUGGUCAUGAAAGCUUUGGCUCAGGGUCUUGUUAAAGGAGCUAUCGACCAGGUGGAUGGGCGUGUUCACAUGACAUGGGUUCAACCUCGUGUUUUGGACAAACAGCAGAUUGGAACUAUGGUUAAGAGAUUAGAUGUAUGGUGCAAAGAUGUGAAGAAUAUGGAACAACUGCUAGAGACCCAAGCUCAUGAUUUCUUAACACUGUAAUUUGGACUGCAAUCUUGUAAGUGCAAUAGAAAUUGUUUCUUUCAUGUUGUUCAGAUGCAAUGUUUUAUCUGGUAAAGAAUACAAUAAUUUGCUGAAAUUAAUUUUGUAACAUUAAGUAAGGUUCAGUAGACAAACUUCUGUGGCAUUAAAACUUGUAUUUUGUAAGUUUA